GGAGGGAUGGUGUGGGUCAAAGGAGGGGACUCUAAUCUGCUCUGCUGCUGGCUGGGCUCCACUGGGCCUUGAGUGUGUGAAGGGACCUGUGGAGUGGGGUUAAGGCUUCAUUUUGGGGUCCCCUGAAGAGGCAGGGGUAACUAGAACCCAACCCAACAUUGGGGAAGACCUAAGCCGUGGGCCUCCGAGGGCAGCAGGACAGUGGGGGACGCCUGCGCUCAGCUUGCUGGUGGCUGAUGCAGGGUCUGUCCUUUGAACCCAUCGUGGUUGGGGGUGGGGCACGGGGAGAGGUCAGAGGGGUGGUGUCCGCAGACGCUGGGCUUUAGAAAGCUUGUUGAGAUCCAUCUGAGGGAGGUGGGAGCGGGAGGGUGGAGGGAGGGUGGAAGGGGGGUGGAGGGUUGGCACUGUGUGUUUGGGGGAUCCAGAUGGCCUUGGGCUUCCAGUGCCAGCUUUCGUCCUGAGGGAGCUGGCAAGGAGAUGCUACAGAGGUUGGGGGGAGCAUGGCCCGUCGCCCACCCCUAGAGUGCCUGGAGACUACAGUCCUCGGCUGUGCUCUGGCUCCCAGGCUGGCCUGACCCUCUGCACUUAGAAGACCCCUCCCUUUAUUCUGCGGGGCCCCACUUCUGGGUCCCAUCCUCCUUUAUUCUGUCCAAGUUCACUCUUGGACGAUCCAUUCAAGCUCUCCACGCCUUAGUUUCCUCACCUGUGAAACUUGGAUGGUAGCAGUGAGCAGCGCUAGCCAUGGGCUUGUUGGGAGGAGUAGAUGAUGGUAUGGAAUAAGUGUUAACUGCUUUGGUGAUUGUUCUAAGGGGGUCCAGGUUUCCCAUGUGCCAUCCUGGGCGUCUACCCAGCCCAAGCUGUGGUCCUCCGCGUCCUGCCCUGUGUGCUUUCCUGGAUCAGGGUGAGGGGUCAGCUGACUUGCAGGAAACAUCUUAGCUCGGAGGGGUAGGAGGGAGGCCCUGAAGAGAUGAAGCAAGGGGUGGGGUCCAGCCCAGGCCAAGAGGGUUCAGAGGGAACUGGCCGGCCGCCCUCAUGCUUCAGGUUCCUCUGGGAUCUGCAUCUCAGUGGCAUCUUCCCUCCCCUCCCCUCCCCACAGCUCGUGCAGGGACAGCUGCCCCUCUGUGGGCUUGGGCCAGGCCUGCCUGGGACCCACUUGCACACGUGGCUCCUACCCCCAUGCUCAGACUGCAGUCUGUCCUUCCACGCAGGCUGCCAGCUCCCUUGAGGGGACCCAUGGUGGCUUCAAGAUUCGGGGGCAUUCGGGGUGGGGGCUGCUGACCGUGAUCCCCAUGCAAGCAAGGUCUCCUCUGAUUACUGCCUCCCCGGGCUUGGAGUGGUCGGUCAGCAGACAUUUAUUGAGCACCUGCUGUGUGCUGGUAAUAGGGCUGGGGAUCCAGCAGUGGGCAAGAUGGACAGUGCCCUUCUACACCCUCAGAGUCCACUGCGGGAAGGAGACGGCAGCCAGGGAAACACCUUCCCUCACCCAAGAGAAUUUCAGGUGGCAGAGCGCCAGGAAAUAAGAGGAAGUAGUACGAGACGAUGGCCAGUGGGGGUGGGCUGUGUCUGGCUCCUGGGUGAUCUGGGAAGGCAGCCCCCAAGAGGCACCUUCUGAGAAAGUCCCGUCUGAUGGGAAGGAACCAGUCACGGGACACUCAGGGAAGAACACUCCAGGCAGAAGGAACAGAAAGUGCAGAGGCCUUGAGGGCUCUCGUGUCCAGCCUGGGUUCCAGCCUCACUGAGUCGUCCCCACCAAGACCUUCCUGCAGAGGGCCCCCCCUGCUCAAGCGCUAACCAUGUCCAUCAUGGACCACAGCCCCACCACCGGUGUGGUCACGGUUAUCGUCAUCCUCAUCGCCAUCGCUGCCCUGGGGGCCUUGAUCCUGGGCUGCUGGUGCUACCUGCGGCUGCAGCGCAUCAGCCAGUCAGAGGACGAGGAGAGCAUCGUGGGGGAUGGCGAGACCAAGGAGCCCUUCCUGCUAGUGCAGUACUCGGCCAAGGGACCGUGCGUGGAGAGGAAGGCCAAGCUGACCCCCAACGGCCCUGAAGUCCACGGCUGAGCCGGGAUGCGGAGGCUCCUGGACCUGUCUGCCGCCAGCCAAGAGGCGCAGUAGGGGCGAAACCACAGACAUGCUACCAUCUGAGAGGAAGGGUUGACGCUUGCUGGCAUGGCCUCACCGGACUUCGUCAUCGCAUGCACCGACUCCUGGGGUCCCGGCGGUCCUGAGCCAGGGCUCAGUGGCACUGGGCAACCCCUCAGCCUCCUGGUAGGACUGCCCAUUGCAGGCAGUGGGCAGGCCUGACCUUGCUGGGGCUCACGGCCCCACAGCGCUUUUGUUACUUGAAUGUUUAGCUGAGCCUGUUUUUGAUGGAGCUACUACUGUAACACGUGAGCUCACAAGCCUGUGAACUGUAAAUAGGCCCCAGAAGCACGUGCUUAAGCCUCUCUUGCUGAUUUUUUUAAAAAUAUAGAGCACAUGGGACUGUCCGUACUAACGCUGAGCUGAGUCAAGGCGGGAGGGGGGGUCUUAGACUUGUAAGGCCCACAUUGCACUCGGCGGGGGCCUCAGAUACACGUGUGUAUGUAGAGAACGUGACACGUCGGCUUUAAGUCUCGCAGCUAACCUGUUGGGGUGCUUUGGCGAUUUCUGCUUUGUGAGCAAUGAAUGGGAGCAGCAGCACGUCCCGCCCUCUCCUGCUCUAGGUAGAUGAGGUUGUAAAUGCCAGUUCCUGUUGCUAGUGGAGUGAUUGCAAGGAAGCUACUGCAGCUGCUUGGGAGCCGGUGAAGGACGAGUCAGGGCCCGAGGCCCGAGUCCCAAGGCUGCCAGGCGUCCUAGUGGCCGAGCAGUUUCUGGCCCCCGUGGUCUUGAGCAUGCUGAGCACCCUGCCCCCCACCCAGCUUUACUGAGCACAGGCUUCGCUAGAAACACCAGAGCCGCGGUGGCUACCUGAAUCCCAAACCCAGUUGGCCCAGGAAGGACAGAACAUUGUGGUUUUUGUUUGUUGUUGUAUUUAAUAUCUUCUGCACUGGAGGGGGUGGUGGGGGGUGCUUGGUUUCUUCCCCCUGCCCUUUUCACAAAUUCGCUUCCUUUCCUCCCAGAUUCCCACCCACCUGCUGGGUCCUGGAUUUCAUUUUCCACCUCCUAGGUGGGCCACCUAGGAGGGUCCCCUGACCUUACUCUGAGAGCGCCAAGUGUCACUUCUUGUGUGCCUGUGCACACAGGAGCCCCCAGCAGCCUGUGCUUAGUGGGCACCCAGGGGAGGGGGCUGGGGGAAGAAGGAGUUUCAGGUUCAGGAUUUGGUUUUCAAAAAGGUGAGGAGUUUGGUGGCUCUUGGUCAGGCCAGUGAUUCCCACCCUGCCCCUCCGAGAUGUCCCUUGUGUAUACUUCAGUGAACUUGCUUAGGUUUUUAAUCCCACCACUGUAAGCACACCCUGAACUAUCAUGAUUAAAAUGUGAUUUGUGUCUGCAUCCUCGGGAAUAAACUGGAGGCCAGCUCUGGGUGAGCUGGGGAGCGCUGGCCCUCAGCACUUGAGCUGCCUUGCCAGCAGCAUGGGCAGGGAGCUCCCAGGUCGCCAGGGGCUGCCCCCUAUUCCCAGCUCCCCCUCAAAGCUCUGGCCUCCUGGUCGGGCGGAAGGUGGCUCCUCUGGCCUCAUCCAAAUCUCCUCUAAAAAGCAUGUUGAACUAAUCAACUUUCUAGAACCCCUAGUAGGGAGCUUAAGGAACACUCCUUUUAGCGGCGUACCCCUAAAUUAACGGUCAAACAUUAAGGUGUAUAGCUUGGGGGGAGGGGAGGAGUAGCUAGUUAGGCCAUUUGAGCUGAAGGCAGGAUUGAGACAGCACAGGUGGGCUACUAAGGAAUCCUUAGGAGGCAGCCGGGCUUUAGUACAGGGGAGGAAAUGCCUUUGGCCCCCACCUGGGGAUGGCCAAGCAUGAGUCAGGCUGGAGACCAGCAGAAGGCCCUGUAAGCAGCACACAGGGUGUGGGCGGGAGGAGGGGUCAGAAGUUCUAAAGGGGUCACCUGGAAGGUCAGGGAGAAGGUGUGUUUCCUAAUGAAGGACAUAAGAAAAAUGGGGCAGGUGUAGGGGUGUUCGAUCCAUUCCCCUCACAUUUCAGAACUUCAGGCUUUCUACCUCUACUUUCUGCAGCCGGCAGCCUGCACCUAAGGCUGUCUGUCCUUUACCCAAGUAACCGAGGAGCUCCCGGGCCUUGCAUUUUCAGUCCCUGAGCCUGACCCUGAAAAUGACCAUUGCUUGACUGUCAAACUCGCCCUGAGCUUCUUACCAUGGCCGGUGCAGUUUCAGUUUUGAAAAGAUGAGGCAUCACUUUCUCCUCAGUUUCAGUCCUGGAGGUUCCUUAUCCCACGACAUCUGUGCCAUUUGCAUCAGGCCCAUCAGCACGGUGUCAGUGCCAGGUGAGGGUCACGGGCAUGGUGGGGCACUAGUGGGGUCUCUGGAGGCAAGUGGAAGUGCCUGCAGAACUGGUGACCAACCACAUAACAGCUUUCACUGUUCUUGGUCAACAGCUACUUUUUUUUAGCAUAGACACCAGAGCCACACACUCGAAUGGCUUAGUUAAGUUAUGACCUCUCAUUGAAUUCUUUCUGAAUAGCCCAACUGUUGUGUCCAAGUUUUCUGACUAGUCAGUCAGGACAUUAGCCUUUCAUUCUGCAUGUCAUCGCAGAAGCAACAGCAGGGGGAUGGGGAGGGAACGCCGACGCUGAGCCACUAAAAUAUGGACUAACUUUUCAGACAAAUCUUCAAGUGGACUGUGCUACUGUUUUUGUCUCAAAGCUACCAAGUUUGUGCAAUAAGUGGAGGGGAUGUCAUCCCUGUUCAAUAAAAGCUGAAUGACAUUCAAGCUGAUUUUCUAGACCACUGAGAAAAUCUUUAUUUACAAUAAAUUUCAAUAAAAUUUGCAUAAAUAUAUUCGCAAUG